AUGUCACCCGAGGCGGGAGCUAUGCUGGACUUUUGGCAGGAGCAAGAUGACCGAAUUGCCAAAGUCUUGGAGGCCCACGACAAAGGUGAGAAACUUGGCGAGAACAUGUUCGCUGCACUCCUCGAACAGGACCCACAGCGCCACGACAUCACUCAAGGUCGUCUCGAGUGUGAAGCAAAAUCUGUGGUUGGAGCUGGAGGCGAGACAGUAGCUCGAGCACUUUCAGCCGCUACAUUCCAUAUCCUGGACCAGCCGGAUGUCAGACAACGCCUAAUGGCCGAACUACACCAAGCCAUUCCUGACCAAAGCAACAUGCCAAACCUCGACCACCUCUCCCGCCUCCCCUACCUCACAGCCUGCAUCGAAGAAUCCCUCCGCCUAACCUACGGCGUAACCGAACGCCGCGCCCGCGCCUACGACUCCUUCCCCCUAACCUACGACUCCUUCACCAUCCGCCCCGGCACCUUCGUCAGCAUGGACACCUGGGACGUCGCCCACGACGAAACCAUAUUCCCCGCCUCACACCGCUUCGUGCCUGAGCGCUGGCUCGACAACCCCAAGGCCCCCGAUGGGAGGUCGUUGAGCAGCUAUAUGGUCUCUUUCGGCAAGGGGACGAGGAAGUGUGUUGGGUUGCAGCUGGCUUAUGCGGAAUUGUAUCUGGCGCUGGCGAGCUUCUUUCGCUCGGAGGUGGGAGGGAGGGCAAGGUUGUGGGGGACGGAUAGGAGGGAUGUGGAGAUGGUGAGGUGUUGUGUUGUGCCUAGGGCGAGGAAGGGGAGUGAGGGGGUUAGGGUUGUGUUUGAGGAGGGG